AUGAACGAGCCCACACCUUCUCCGACACCAGGUCCCGCCGCCACAAAAUCAAAGUCGCCGCCCGCGGCUGCUGGUACCAAACGCAAGCGAGGCUCUGCUGGGAAAUACUAUGCUGUUAAAGCGGGAUAUCAGCCGGGCAUCUACUAUGAGUGGAAAGAUUGCUUGGCCCAGGUGACGGGCUUCAAAGGCGCAGUUUUUCAAGGGUUUCCGAGCAUCGAAGAGGCGAACGCAUUUUUAACCGGCGCCAAACCUCCGGCGUCGCGGGGCGCGUCGCCGCUAAGCGCGGAGCCGACGAGAUUCUACGCGAUCCAACGAGGACACAAACCAGGGGUGUACACCAACUGGGCCAAUGCGCAAGAUCAAAUAAGAGGUUUUCAGAAACCCCGCUACAAGAAGUUUUCCACCAGAGAGGAAGCGGAAGAAUUUGUGAAACUAGGCGGACAGCCCGUUCAGUUCGCUUCAUCUACAGACACAAAGCUGCCCGGGGCCCCCGGCUUGACCAGCGAUGCACCGAAAGAUCAGCAAGGGACCACGUUUGAGCCGGGCGAGGGUCCCUUACCCCCCGGUGCGGAGGAUGGAUUUGAUCCCAACGUCCUGCUCGAUCCAAAGACUGGCAAGAUUGUUUACAAGUCAGAAGAGCAGAAAGCCGCUACCAAGACCCAACCGAAAGGUCCGCCAGGGAUGCUUCGUAUCUAUACCGAUGGUAGUUCGCUGAAGAAUGGAAGAGUGCAAGCAAUGGCCGGUGUGGGGGUGUACUUUGGACCCGGCGACUCACGCAGAAACGUCUCAGAGCCUCUCAAAGGCAGCCGUCAAACGAACCAGCGCGCCGAGCUUACAGCGAUCCUGCGCGCUCUUGACAUCGCUCCCCGACACCGAGAUGUGACCAUUGUCACUGACAGUCAGUAUGCGAUCAAUUGCGUGACCCUGUGGUUCCAAAAGUGGCGAACCAACAAUUGGAUGACGGCGGACAAAAAACCCGUGGAGAAUAAGGACCUAGUUGAGUCUAUCCUGAGCAAGAUUGAAGAGCGUGCGGAGCUCCGAGUCAGGACUCUGUUCGAAUGGGUCAAGGGACAUGCUGCGGAUCCUGGAAAUGAAGCAGCUGAUCGUCUCGCGGUGAAUGGAGCGCAAAGGGGAAUGUCGGAGCUGGGCCUUAUCGCGGCUAUCGGCUCGGGGUUCCCGGUUGAGUCAUCCAGGGCCAAGCAGGCCAAGCAGGUCAAGCUCCAAGUUUUGAGUGCCCGGGAUCCAGACUUUUUCUCCCACCACGUUGCUCCAGCACUCGUAUCUCUUGAGAUAUUCGAUGAGACAAAGUUUGGUCCUCAAACUUUUGAAACUCCGGCUCCUUAG